AUGCAAAUGAACGAAAAAAACUUAAAUACUAAAUCAGAAAAAAGCAAAGAAGAUGAAUGGAUUUUAAAAACAGAGGAUGGAGAAAAUAAACAUGAUUUUAGUUUUUUUGUGAAAAAUUGCAAAAACGAAUCAAAAUCUUUUUUAAAAACUUCAUUAAACACAUACUCUAAGUUGACACCAAAAGACUCGGAUAUGAAACAGUUUUCAGAAAAAACACAUGAAAAAUCAAAAUCUUAUAUUAUUGGUGAUGCAGGAUCUUCAUGGAGAAUGAUGAAGCUUGGAAAAAUAUAUGAAAUUGCAUCUCAAACAGGUAGGAGUGUUCAUGAUGUAGCUUUAGAAAGAUAUGGGACUCUUGAAGCAUUUUAUGAAGCUCUUGAAGAGAAAGAAGAAUUAGAUCGACGCAAAAUACAUGGACCCUCUAAAAAAAGAGUGACUGGGUCACUAUACAAACAGUAUCAACAAUUGAAUCCACAGAAGUUUAGUGAAUCUUCUGAAUCAUUGUCUCAUUCUUCAACUGCUUCUGAUGUAAUUACUGUGUCUACACUAAAUAAAUUACAAGCAGAAAUUAUGAAAGCGCAAAUGCGCGGUGUUACUGAUGUUUCUAAGCUUCAAAAAAAAUAUCAAGAAAUGGUAUCAAUUUUUGAAUCCCAAAAAACUCGGAAAGAUAUAAUUAUUCCAAAUAAUAUUGAUAUUAUGAGAAAAAAACCUUCUUCUGUAGUAGAUCCAGAUAAUAUAACUAUAGAAGAAAUGGUGAAAGAGGAGAAAAUGACAAAAAACUAUCUUUAUAAGCGUCAGUAUAGGCAGAUGGCCGAGCAAAUCGUGCGUGAUCCUCAUUUCAAAGAUGAUCUUGAUUAUUAUGAUGAAAAUGCAGAAAAGCUUUCUAAACGGAUUCAAAGAAGAGAAAUUGAUUUCAGGAAUAUGGAAAUUUCUGAUUUUCAAAGAAUACAAAAAAUUCUCGAUACGUGUCCUUUAUGUCAUCAAGAUUCUUCUCCACCAAUAGCACCUGUAAUAUCUAUGGGUACCCGCAUUUAUUUGUCUCUUCCUUCUCCCCCAGAACUUGCAAAAUAUCAUGCUUUAAUCGUUCCUAUUCACCAUAGAGUCAAUACACUCGAGUGUGAUGAUGAUGAAUGGGAUGAAAUCAGAAAUUUUAUGAAAUGUUUAAUUAAAAUGGCAGACGAACGAAAUCAUGAUGUAAUUUUUUACGAAAAUGCUUCUACACCUCACCGACGUAUGCAUACUGCAAUUGAAGCAGUACCUGUUCCACGCGAUGUUGCUAUACAAGCGCCAGCAUUUUUUCGAGAAGCUAUUCUUUCAUCAGAUGAAGAGUGGAGCCAGCAUCAAAAAAUCAUUGAUACCCUUGCAAGAGCUAAAAAAGGUCUUGGAAAAAUGGCUUUUAGACAUAGCAUAACAAAAGAAGCACCAUAUUUUCAUGUAUGGUUUGAAAUUGAUGGUGGAAUUGGUCAUAUUGUAGAAAAUUUAGAUAAAUGGGGAAAAGGUGAUCUUUUUACACGUCAGGUAUUUGCAACAAUGCUUGACCUCGAUCCUACUAUAUAUCGAAGACGCGGGAAAUGGACUGGUAUGAGUGAUCCAAGAGAAAAGGCUUUUCUUAGUGUCUGGACAAAAUAUGAUUGGACACAAUCCAUUAAAACCGAUAACUCUUAA